UUUUUUUGACAAAUCCCUUUACAAAAUCAAUAGAAUUGAUGAAAGUUUCCGCAUUUACUGACAGCAAGGAAUUUUUGGAGAAAAUUAAAAUUACUUUAAUUGAGUGGAAUCCAAAAUUUGAUCUUAUAGCCCUUGGCUCUAAAGAUGGUGACCUUAUGGUUAAGCGUUAUCCUUGGAAAACUGGAUGGAAGAAACUUUUCGAGACAACUGCCGCUUACACAAUUUUCCGCAUUAAUUUCUGGCGAGUCUGAAUAUUCAUCAAAACAAUCUAAAAAUGAGAUGGUGUCGUUAUGUUGGUCUCCCGAUGGGCAGAUCCUGCUUUCGGCAUUUUCUAGUGGACAUUGCUUUUAUUUGGAUACUCAAAAUGGAAACGUAUUAUUUCUUCGAAUGAUUGAAUAUGCACCAAAGGAAAUUAAAUGGAUUAAGUAUCAGCCUAGUUGUCAUAGCCUGGAAAUUGAUAACGAUCCUAAGCUGUUGAUUUUAAUUUCUGUGAUGAUGCAUCUAAAGAACACGCAAUGGUUUGCGAGGAGGUUGAGAAAUUUUGCAAAAGUUCUUUUAAUCAAUCACUUGUUGGAACUUUUCUUUGUAUUCUUCAUGAAAUAAACAAUGAAGAGAUCGAUGAAACAUCUUUGGUAUUGGAUAUUCUAGCAGACGGAGUUUUACUUGUUCUCAAAAUAAAUUUAACUCAUGCUCCAGUCAACACUUGUGUUUUUUCAAUACGUACAUUGGUGUUUAGAAAGAAUUGUUUCCGAAUCCCGUUGAAAACUGAUGAUGUCAAUCCAUCGCUUUCGAACAAAGAGUUACUUGAGAUUGCUGGGUCGAUUAGUCCAGAACGAAUGUGUAUUUAUAACCAAAUAUCUAAAUCACUAUGUUGUAUCUCAUUUUAUUGUAUUUAUUUGCAAGAGAUGCUUAAAUAUUGUACAAGCAAUUGGCAACAAUUAAGCGAGGCAUUCCACCAACGCGUAUUUGCCUUCGUAAACAACAACAAAGCAGGAAUUCUCACAGAAUCUAGACCAAAACAGAAAGACGGAAGUGAGGGUGCUUUACUUAUGUGUAAUGACUUGUUGAUGUUAAUUGAGACAGAACAAUCAUCAGAUUUAUUGAACAAUUUUUUUAAUUCACCAACUUCGCAUAAGGAGAUGAAACAGGCAUGCAGCUUCUUGGAUGAUUAUUCGUGGGUUUUAUGUAUUUUAUAUUUAUUGUAUGAAUCUAGGGAGUGA